AUGGGCGAGCUGCUGCACGACGAGGAGGCCCGCCGCUCCUUCAUUGACUCGGCCAUCUACCACGAGGGCCACUUCCACGAGAUCGGCUACAACCACCACUCCGGCCUGACGUACGACGGGCACACGAUCAACUACCAGAGCGGCGAGUUGAUGCCGCCCAUUCACAACUUCAGCGCGCCCUCCAAGGAGUCCGUCCACGUGGCCCUCCUCGCUCUCUCGCUCCUCGGCAACGAACGGGCCAGGCUGUUCUUCAAUGUGUCGGCCGAGAAGGCUGGCCAGUCGGUGGACGAGCUGGCCAUCGACAUCCUCCAGAAGAAGAUGAACGCCUACGAACGCUUCAACGCCCAGUACCCCGGCUAUGGCGGCUAUCUGCCCUGGUACGUGAUCACCGACUCGAGCCUCUUCCCCAUCCCCCCUGGCUGGACGUCGCGCGUUCCGAGCUUGGACAACGGCGAGUGGGUGUGGGCGUUGAAGGCGGCCGUGGAGGCCCUCGAGCAGCGAGAGCAGCCCACCCUGGCCAAGCGCUACUUGAACUACGUCGACAUGCUGGCCAAGAACGCGUUGCUGGUGUUCUACGCGGGCGAAGGCAGGCUUCGCACGGUGACCGUGAUCGCCAACAUGAGCGCUCCGCCCUCGCCCGGCAACUACUACGGUCCUCCCCAGGUUGGCUAUCUCGAUGACCCCUAUGAGGGCGAGCUGUUCACCUUCUUCGUUGACCUCUACUCGAUGGCGCACGACCCCGCCGAGAGGGAGAAGAUGUGGGUGUACAAGCGGGAGCUGCUGCAGGCCGUCAAGUACCACACGCCCUCCGGCCCGAUCACCGUCCAGCGCGGCUGGUGGUUCUCCUCCCACGAGCAGUGGAAGUAUCUGGAGAUGCCCUAUCUGGAGGUGCCCAUCAACAAGCGCGUCUUCCUCAACGGAGAGCGAGCGCGCACCUGGAACUCUGCCCUCAAGGGUAUCCCCGGUCUUUUGGCUUCCGUGAACGACGUAUCGAAGAACGAGAACAUUCCGGACUACAUGGGCGCGACGGGCAUCCGCGAGAUCGCCUUCGAAGAGAUCGCCUCCACUUCGGUCGUCACCCCCUAUGGCGCCUUCCCCAUGUUCCUUGCCAGCGAGGACGUGGCGGCUGCGUGGUACCACGUGAUGCUGAGCGGAGGUCGCAUGCAAGGCCCGUUCGGCACGACCGAGGCCAUCAACAUCACCGGCACCGCCAUCUCCCCGGUCGUCACCUGGGACAGUAAGAUCACCACCGUGCUGGCCAUGACCGGUGGCAUCGCGCCCGUUAUCAGCAAGAUCCUGAAGAAGGAGGGCAACUACCAGCGGUUCUACGAUGUGGUGGACCGGGAGUGGAGCCGCGUGUUCCCUUCCCUUGCGGGCGAGUCUCUGGCCUUCGCCCUGCCCCGUGCCACCAUCCCCACCGCGCCCCUGGGCGAUUUCUCCCACUGCCAGACGCCCAAAUAUUCUCCUAAAUGA